AUUAGAUUGAAUCUAACAGUUUAUUUCCACAGUGCUGGCUUUGAGAGAAAUUCCAGCUCUCUGAUAAACCCUCAAGCCACAUCUUCUGUGAAACAAAAAGACUCCAAUGGACAUAGCACUCCAAAUAUGAGUGGAUAAAUAAAAGAAGCUGCUCGAAUUUCACCUGGAAACGCAGACAAGAGGUAAAAAAGGGCUGCUCAAGGCCCCAGCGCCAUGCAUCAUUGCCUAUGGAAAUGUAUCCUAGUUGCUGUGUCCUUAAUCUUCCUAAGCUUCUUCCUCCAAGAGAAUAAUGAAGAGCGUCUUACGUAUAACUUCUCAUUGCAGGAGGAAAAGAAGAAAAUCCUGUGGCAGCUCAAUCAGGAGCAAGUGACCUCUGAGAGCAAGAACCAUCUAGAGAACUUCAAGGACAUGCAGAAAGCCUCCCCUUUACUCCAACAGGCCAACUACAAAUUGCUGGCUGGAUCCCCUCCCCAGGAAAAGAAACUGCUGACCAUAGGGAUUUCCUCAGAGCAGCACCCUAAUGGCAGCUACCUCUUGAGCACCCUGCAUUCCCUCUUCCAAGCCUCCUCGGAACACGAGCUGAAUUGUAUCGUGGUGCUGGUCCUCCUGUCUGAUCCUGACCCUAAAUGGCUCAGACGAACCGUUGGCAGCAUCUCAGAGCUCUUCAAACCACAUAUUGAGGCCCAGAAGCUGCUUGUGAUCCACAGUAGUCUUGAUGACUCUCCUCUCCCAGGAGAUCUGAAUAAUAGUAGUCACACCUCGCACUGUGAAGCACAUUAUUCCAGGCAGAAAGUCAAUUAUGCCCUCCUCAUGAACUUUGCUGUCAACCUCUCUGAAUACUUUCUGAUAAUAGAAGAUUAUGUUCACUGCACUUCCAAAUUUAUUUCUACCAUCUACUGGACGUUAUCAGCCUGGAAAGAACUACCGUGGGCGAUCCUAGAGUUCUCCAGCCUAAGUCUCUCUGGGAAAGUUUUCCACACCAGUGACCUCUCCCGCCUGUCCUCUCUCUUUCUCCUUUUCCAUAAAGAUAUUCCCAUUCAUGUGUUUCUCUCUGAAUUCCGUCUUCUCUUGACCCAAAAUGUUCCAAUUCGUUUCAGUCCCUCAGUCUUCUACCACAUAGGCAAUUAUCCUGCAUUUGAGGACACAUGCUUUCCUGUGGAGAAGGAGGAGGUAUUUGGUGAACCAGACAACCCUGUGGCCAGCGUCCUCACUGACAUGAUGGCAGAAAUGAAUGCUAUUCCACAAUACGCUUAUACCCUGAACAAAGAGUGCUACUCUACUCUCAAUCCUGUAAGAGGUAACUACCUAACAGUGGUUUUGGAGAAGCCGCAAAAAGUCAUCCGGAUAGAGGUGCUGACAGGUUCUGACAAAAAAGGACUAUACUGGCUACAGCAAGGGCAGGUGGAGCUGGGCUAUGAUCCCUUGGAGAAUUCCAGAGGCUGCACCCGCUAUACCCUUCUAGGUCCACUGGUGGAAGGAAAUUUAGACCAGAGGGUAUUUCGUGAAGAAGAUUCUGUGGAGGAGUUGAGCUGUAUACGACUGCUUGUGCUAGCAUCUCAAGAGUCUUGGCUCCUGAUCAGGCAGAUCAAAGUCUGGACUCGGCAUGAGGAGGAAGAGAGUUAACCCAAUGGGAAUUCUGGAAAGGCGGCAUUUGGGAAUGGAACCUGCAUGGCUGACCAGAAAUAAAGCUAAAAUUGAUCAAGUCCUGCUCAUUCUGAGUAGGAUGAGCAUGUAAUUAACUUAUUAUCCAAACCGGUACACUUUUGAGAAUGAAAGGAAGCAUUAUUAAAAAUUACACUAGAAGUAGG